AUGAAGACACCACCACCGUCACCCCAAGACUCCCCAGCUCUCCUCUAUCUCCUCGCGCUAUGUGAUCCGGACCACGAUAAACAAACCAACACCUACUUCACCCAGCACUGCGCAAACACCCACAAUAACAACCAAUACAUCAACACCCCCGGAACAAUGUCGCCCAAUAAUAAUUAUAAUGACCUUGGCCCGUUCGCCGGCCUGGGCGGCGGGAUGCCCGGCGGCGGGAAGGACAUGGGCGGUAUCAACAUCGACGAGGCAAUCCGGCAGCUGAGGAAACACCUCCCGGGUGCGAUGUCGCGUUUGCACCACUUCCUACUAAGGAUGAACAAGAUGAUGUCCACCCCCGGCGGCGUUGACAAAGUGCUCAUGACGAUCUCCUACACGCUGCAAAUGCUGUCACCGAACCUCCCGCGCGGCUCUCCGCUCGUAAAGUCCAUCAGCUCCCUCACGUCCCUCAUCUCCGACAUCCGCAUCUUCAACCGUCUCUGGGGGCUGCUCGGCAUCUACGCCUGGGGCCACAGCAUCGUCCAGCACCCGCCGCGGGACCUCACGAUCCGGCGGAUCGUCGCGGCGCAGGUGCUGGUCAAUGCGUGCUUCCAGGGCCUGGAGAACGUGGCGUAUCUGGCGUCCCACCAGGUGCUGAGGAUCAGCAAGCAGGGCCAGAGCAAGCUGUGGAUGUGGAGCAGUAGGUUCUGGAUGGCGCAUGUGGGGCUCGAGUUCUGGAGGUUGCAGAGGGUGCGGGAGAUGAGGAUGGGCAAGAUCAGUAGGGGCCUGCUACAGCGGGGUGAGAAGAAGGAGGAGGAGGACGAGUGGAAGAAGAACAUUAUUAGUAAUUUGGCGUAUGCGCCGUUGACGCUGCAUUGGUCCGUCCAGAAUGGGAUGAUUGGUCCGUCGGCGGUGGGCGCUCUGGGGAGCGUCGCGGCAGUCAUUGGAUUGCAGAACGCAUGGAAUUCAACUGCAUGA